AAUCAGUAUAAGCCAUGGUCAACAUAAUAUCGCGGAUGCGCAAAUUGCGCUCAAAGGUACUGUCCCCCUGCGACCGUUCCCCAGACAUCGCGAUUCCUCCUCCUCGCAUUCGAAUAUAGACCACCCUUACGUUGAAUCGCAUAUGAUAGGAGUGUAAUUGACACGUGUGAAACAGUUACUAUGGAUACGAGUCGGACCCGGCGCGCUGAUACUGCCACCCGAAGUCACAAAGAUCAGUAUGGAGUUCAAUAAGCACAUCAACGGCGGACAUCGGGGUGCGAGAAAAUUCUGGCGCGAAAUGCUCCCCCGAAUAAAGUACCGCAACCCCGCCGUCUCCAUCACCAUAAACCGGCACUCGGACCCUGCCGGCCCCGCGAACCUGUACAUCUACACCUCCUCCCCAAAGAGCAAAUCGACAACAACCGCUUCUUCAACAUCGACAUCCACAUCCACAUCUGCAUCCUCCUCACCCUCUGUCCCCGACACCGCCGAGCCCACCCACACUGUCGACAUCCGCAUGGUGCACGAGUCCGAGAUCCUCGCGCAAUUGGUCAGCAGGACGAAUGCAGAGGAGCUCCAGCCGACGGAGGAGGAGGUGAGGGAGCUGGCUGAGAUGGCGGAGUUUAAGGCGAGGAGUGAGGCAGAUAGGGUGAUUGUGAGGGAGAGGUUCUUGAAGGAGAGGAAGGAGCAGGAGUUGCUGAGGUUGGCCAGGGGAGAGGUUGGUGGGACACAGUAGAAGUGUUAACAGGAUGGGAUGCAGGCAUGGUCCUGGAUGGCAUGUGAGAGAUUGCAGGAAAUGUGAGGGUGGUAUGAGUGCUGGGCGAUUGUGAGAACUGUGAUGAACGGGCCAUCAACGUCAACCAGUUGACCAUUCGUGAUGGUCAGGAGGUCCUGUGUAUGAUAUCCAGACACUGAUGGCAUGCAUGGUUGCAAAACGCAACAUAGGAGGGUCAUGUGUAUAUUAGUCAUGUUGUACCACUUGAGAAGCGCACAUUGGAAAUUUAUUUUUCGCAAGCUGGAACAACACCACCGCCGAGGAUC